AUGACUGCCGUCGCGACCACUGAACGCGAAUUGAGCAAGAACCUUCAAGCGCUUGUGGACACCUGUUUCGAAGAGGGUCAAUACGAAGCCGGCAUCGAUCUCCUGCUUAAUAUAUGCACGCCAAAAGCGCGUCCAUUCGCGCCGCAUGUGCGACAAGUCCUGUAUAUGGCACUCUACCCGCCUCCUCCUGAAAAUGACCCAGCUGCAAUCACAGCCGGGAACAUCUCACCCUCCAAGAUCAACCUGAAGCGGAAACGGUCGGCCUUGCUGCCUACCCCGGAAGCCACAGCUGCCGCGAACAGAUGCAUGUUUCAUAUGGCUCUAGCUUGCUCUCCUGCGUCUAUCAUGCGAGCAAUCCCUUCGUACCCGCCUCCCGGAGUCGGGAACUUUGUUAUGAAAGACGAGGACGAGGACGAGUCUUACAUCGCGCGUGUAACACAUCGGUGUUUCACCCACAUUCGCACUUGUUGGGACGUUCUACGUGAAGGAUUUGUGAGACGGAAGCGACUCGAUGUGCCUGGCGACAACCGAAGAGGCAGACGCAUCGCGGACGAUGUAGACGCCGAGGAGGAAGAGCUUGAAGAGGGCGUCGAGGAAAGCGCCGUGGGCCGCCAUGCGUGGCUCGUUCUUGAAUGGCUCAUCAUGAUAUUCAAGAAUGAUCAAGAUGCUCAUGUCAGGAAUGGGACUCAACGACAUUCCCCUUUGCUGCUAGCGCAGAUACCUCCGUCGAAGACGGGACAGGGUCCCAGAUGGGACGCCAAGGAGCCACUGGACGUCGUCUUCUGCUGUAUGGAUCAAGCGGAUAUACACAAGCGAUCCCUCGGCGGGGAUCUGAUGUCACUCCUCGUGAAUCUGACAUCUUCGCCUGACUUUGACACGUCGAUAUUCGCGGAUCAAGUUGUUAAUCGGACUGCUGCCAGCGUUGACACCCUGUCAAACUUGUUCCUCGCAUCCACACCCUCUCCCGCAUUGAACACAUUCAAGACUGUUGUCUACGUCAAAUGUCUCGGAAUACCUGCGCCAUCCGCGACUGGUUCCUCCAGGCCCAAAGCACGGGGUCGUCUCCCCCCCCGGGCGCGACGGAUAGGUGCGGCAGAUCCAGAACUGUCCGGCCCGAAUCCCAUCGUGACUCCCAGGGACAAGCCUCCUAAUCCCGACGAGGUCGUGAACGUGCUUGGCGCACCAUCUGCUGCCCCGGAUGCGGGACGACUCAAGUGUGAGCUGUUGCUAUCAUGCGUGCCACACCAAGGCCAGGAAUGGCAUGCAUUCAAGACCGGCGGCCGUAUUGCGGAAGUCAUGCAGGAGGUCUUCGAACAAGAGGGCAUCGAUCAGCACGUCAAGGACGUGGUCAGCAUUGCCUUUGGUGAUGCAAAUUUGAACCCUUCGUGCUUCGUUGGCCGCGAUGGCGUUUCAUCGUCAACGUUGAGCAGCUCAACCUCCGACUUGCUCGGGGUAUCCUGA